GGCCAAAGCGGAACCGGCUCCGCGGGAGACAAGCUGGCCCAGAUAUCUGUACAUGGUUAUUGUUGUUAUUGAAAAAAAAUUGAGACGAGUUUUUUCAGAUAAAGAGGAAGCAGGCAGCACUGUGCUACACAUCCAGAUCAGUCCACAGAGAACUCGGGGGGCCUGGAACUUUGUACCCCAAAUCCUCUUUCAACCCUGUUCAAAACAUGGAGAGAAAACAGAGAAUCCACAUUUUCCUCGGCGCUCCGAUAUUCUCUAAGGAAAAGGGAACGACGGGAACAGAGACUCCCGUGGAGGAAACUUUGGAAAACUGGAACCGGAUUGAGCUUUCCUGCCGAGAAGGGAAACUUCACCCCGUCUCUGAGCUGAGAGAGGGAGGAGCCAUUGCAGGGGAUGCAGGGAUCUGCCGGAGCAAAAGAGCCGCUGGCUAUAGCGCCUGCAGUAGCGCCUGCAAUCACUCAGACAGGCUGAGCGUUAACCGAACAAGACCAUCCAGCGAUCCGUCCCGCCAAAAUGAACCCUGCUCCCCUCUGGAAAUGGGGAAGGAAGCAGCGAGGCAAGGAACUGAAGGAACAGGAGCCCAGCGUUCCCAAACGGCUUCCGGGAGAAAGCGCCUGGUCAGCCGCAGUCUGGCAUUGCCCAGCGACGCUAUCACGGAAUAUCUGGACAGCUGCUUUCCUGAAGACGCAGAUCCACGGACAGCUGAGCAGGAGCUGUCCACGCAGACGGAAUUCCUGAGCGUGUGGGCCACCAGCCAGGCCGCCAUCUUAAAGGGGCUGCUGGCGUCGGAGUGCGGGGAGAGACUCGAGGUCCAAGAGGAAGAAACCGUCUCAGGACUAGCCCCAGAGCGGCACACCCCUACGAGAGGCUGGAACUCAACCCCAGGGGCCGUAUUGGGAGCGACCCAGCCAGACAGAUCCUCGCCAGAGGAGCCCCACACUGCGGAGGGCUCAGAGGAACUCUUCAGUGCCCCCGGCGAGCUGCUGCCUCGGGGGGAGGGAGGCGUUGUGAUGGAGACGUGCUGCGCAGCGCUGCUCUGCUCUCAAGAAGAACCUCCCCAUCAAGAUGGUGACGCUACUGAGAAGAGAAGAGAGACUGAGGAAGGGGCCUCCAAACCCACAACCUACAGUCCCCCUGCCCCUGCCCCUGCCUCCAAGAAAACCAGAACCUCCCCUUCCAACCAAAAGGGAAGGAGAGGCCUGAGGGAAACCAGGGGCUUUCCUGGGAAGCCUGCACUGCUGAUGAGCUGUGUGGACCAGGGUCAGCGCUACGAGGUCCUGGCCUGUGUGCUGAACCCCUGCCAUCUGAAGGAGGUCAGAGUGAGAUCAGGGAUGGCCGCAGGCUCAGCUGUUCCCCUGGCAACCAUCAUGGUGACGGACCAGUCGGGGACAGAGAGGAAGGUGGUCCUGUGGCGGGCAGCGGCGUUCUGGGCUCUGACUGUGUACCCCGGGGACCUGGUCCUCAUAACGGAUGUGACUGUGAAGGAGGACCAGUGGAGAGGGGAGACAGUUCUGCAAUCCACUCCAGCCAGCAAGCUACUCAACCUGGGCCAAUUCUUCAACAUCAACCAUGAGCGAGUUCCAGGAUAUGUGGACAGGAUCGCCCUGGCGGAGCUGCAGGGGUAUUUGAGGGAGAAGCACUCCCACCUCCUCUCCAUUCCCCCCAGAGCCCCUCAGAGUCCCCACAGCAUCCGACACGCCCGUCUGGGGGUCCUGAGAGCCGACACGCUGGUCCAUGCGCUGCUGCGGGUCACAUGCAUCUCCACACUCACUGUGCCAGUGUACUCCUACAGGGGGCAGUCUCUCAGGAAGGUUGUUCUGAGUGUGGAGCAGGGAGAUGGCCAGCAGGGGGCACUGGUGCUGUGGGGAGGUGCUACCGCCUGGCUGCCGCGCAUUCAGAGGAAGAGAGCGCUGGUGUGGGAUUUCCGCUGUCUGCUGGUACGGUGGGGCUCUGUUUCAGGGUUCCUGGAGCUGCACUCCACCCCCUGGAGCUCGUGCGAGCCUCUGUUCCCUGAUGACAGUCGGGCCCUGGAGUUCUGGAGCUGGUCCAAUCUGGAGUGCUGCGAGACAGACCUGCAAACUCUGCUCUCUUUCCGACACUCAGGGGAAGUGGUAGUGAAGGCUCACAUCACUGCUCUGCAGUUCACGGGCAGAACCUCCCACAAUGCCCAGCUGCUGAUGGAUGGAGACACGCCCCUGCAGAGGAUUGUGGGACUGGUGGCUGAUGACAUCACCUUUGUAGGAUGCGGGAGGUGUGGCUCCGAGCUGGGAGUCGACGAUAACAGAAUCUACCAGCUCUGCUACCCCUGCCUGCCACACACUGGAGUGAAGCGGUACUACAGGCCAGCAGUGAUGACAGUGACAGACAAGGACAGUGUAAUCUCAGUGGAGGUUCCUCCCGUGCUUGUGGAGCAGAUCUUCCUGAAUAUUCCAGCAGAACAACUCAACAAGCCAACAGUCCCCUCCUCUCAACUCCUCUUCUCUCAGGUGGUGUCGGAGAUGUGCCUCUCUCUCCUCUCUCACCCGGCUGACAUCUUCCUCCUGACCCUGAGGUGCAGCUUCUUAUUGGACGAGAACAGCAUCCCCCUCCGACAGCACUUCCUACUGCUGGACUUCCACCCAGAACUAAUGGACAAUCUAAUGAUAGACGGUGAUCAGCUGACUUAUGAAGAUUUAUCCUCGUGUCAUUUUUUACCACCAAUCUCAAGCAUCCACGUCAAAGCAGAGCCGUACCUGGAGACAGCUAACGGUCCCUACCUUGCAAUAAUCGAAGAGCCAAAACAGAGAGGAUUUCGUUUUCGUUAUGAGUGCGAGGGUCCCUCUCACGGAGGGCUGCCCGGGGCGUCCAGUGAAAAGAACAAGAAGACCUACCCCACUGUCAAGAUCUAUAACCACGUGGGCUAUGCCAGGGUGGAGGUGCAGCUGGUGACGCACUCGGACCCGCCCCGCGUCCACGCGCACAGCCUGGUGGGGAAGCAGUGCAGUGAACACGGGGUGUGCAGCGUCAACGUGGGGCCCAACGACCUCACUGCACAGUUCAAUAACUUGGGUAUCCUGCACGUCACGAAGAAGGGAGUGAAUGAAGUGCUGACCAAGAGGCUGAAGGCGGAGAGGAUGAGGCAGCGAGGGGAUGACGUGGUCAUCACUGAGCAGGAGGAGCAGGAGAUAGCGAACGAGGCUCGGGAGCUGGGAAAGGUGAUGGACCUGAACGUGGUGAGGUUAAAGUUCAUGGCGUACCUGCAGGACAGCAACGGGGGUUUCACCCUUGCCCUGAAACCCGUCAUCUCCCAGCCCAUCUACGACAGCAAGUCUCCCAACGCAUCGAACCUGAAGAUCUCUCGCAUGGACAAGACAUCGGGCUCAGCGACGGGAGGGGACGAGAUCUUCCUGCUCUGUGACAAAGUGCAGAAAGAUGAUAUCGAGGUGCGCUUCUAUGAGGAUGAUGAUAAUGGCUGGGAGGCGUAUGGAGACUUCGCACCCACAGACGUGCACAAGCAGUACGCCAUCGUGUUCAAAACCCCUCCCUACAGAAAGAAUCAGAUCGAUCGCCCCGUCACCGUGUUCCUACAGCUCAAACGCAAGAAGGGGGGUGACGCCAGCGAGCCCAAGCAGUUUACAUACCACCCCCAGAUACAAGACAAGGAGGAGGUUCAGAGGAAGAAGCUGAAACCCCUCCUUCACUACCAGGAUCACUACGGGCGAGGGGGGGCUGGGGGUCCACCAGGGGGCUUCGGAGCAGGGGGUGCAGGAGGAGGAGGCAGUGGUUUUUUCCCCUUUCCCCAUUCAGUGAACUCCAGCUUCUCUUACAACCCCAUGGGGGGGGGCUACCAGGGGGGCACCCAGAUGCCAGGAGCAGCGCAGCGACAGGACUGCCCUGCUAGCAGUGGGGCCCCUCAAGGGGGGCAGUCCCCACAGCAGCAGCUCGUACAGAUCGCCUCGCUACUCCAGUCCAAGGCCACACUGACGGCCAGGCGCACAGCCCGCGCCCUGCUCGAUUACGCCAGCACGGGAGACGCGCGCAUGCUUCUGGCUGUGCAGAGACAGCUGUGUGGGGUGCAGGAUGAGAACGGGGACACUCCUCUGCACCUAGCUAUCAUUCACCAGCAGGCCAGCGUGGUGGAGAAGCUGGUGCAGGUCAUUGUGAGCAUCCCAGACCAGAGGAUCCUGAACCAGAGCAACCACCUGAGACAGACUCCUUUGCACCUGGCUGUGAUCACAAAGCAGCACAAGAUUGUGGACUUCCUUUUGAAGGCAGGGGCUGACCCCACCCCCCUGGAUCGCUAUGGCAACUCGGUGCUGCACCUGGCAACGCCCACCGGUGACGAGCACAUGCUGCGGAUACUGUUGAGUCACCUGAAACCGCACAGCCGCUACCUGCUCAACACACCUGACUACAAUGGUCUCUACCCCCUUCACCUUGCGGUGCAAAGGUCCGGUGAGCAGUGCUUGCGCGUGCUGGUUGAUGCCGGCGCGGAGGUGAACGCAGUGGAGAGGAAGAGUGGCUGCACUGCCCUGCACCUGGCUGUACAGCAGGACCUGUUUGCUGUGGCCUGCCUACUCAUCACAGAGUUGAACGCUGAUGUGAAUGUCUGCUCAUUCGGUGGGAACACCCCCCUGCACCUGGCUGCCAGUCAGGGCUCCCCAGUGCUGUGCUCCAUGCUCAUCGCAGCAGGUGCUGAGAGGUUGGUGGAGAACGAUGAGCCAGUCUGCAUGUCCUCUGCGUCUUUGUCUGAGGAAGAGAGGGAGGAGACGCAGGAGGAGGAGAGCAGGGGGAGAAAGGGGGCAGAGCCAGCACAGACCCUCACCGCACGCCCGAACAUCCUGGCCUCCAACCCCCGCAAGAGACCCCCCACACGAGGACACACCCCCCUAGACCUGGCAAAGAACCAAAAGGUGCAGGACAUCCUGGAGGGGAAGCCAAGGCGACCAGGGAAGACCCCCGCCAAGCUGAAGACCACCCCCCUUGCAGGUACUGUCUGCCCCCUGGACAGUGACACCCUGGCCCGGCUCAGCACUGCUCUGAGUGCGGGGGGUGUUCAGUGGAAGCAGCUGGCAGAGAAGCUGGGCAUGAGGACCCUGGCAGACCUGUAUGAGGAAUGCCCUUCCCCCUGCAACAGCCUUCUGCAGGGCUACCAGGUGGCGGGCGGCCGAGUGGAGAGCCUGAUUGAUGCUCUGCAGGCUCUGGGUCUCAAUGAGGGAGUGAGGGUGCUGAGGGAGGCCGAGCUCAAGGACAAGACCCACACCACAGAGGUGAAGGUGGACAGUGGCUAUGGCAGUCAUCCUACAGAGCAGCUAGAGCAAGAGGAGAUGGACGAGUCUGUUCCAGCCAACUCCUGAGACCAGCAGACAUCCCUCCCCCCCUUCCAGCUCUGUGACCGCACAGUCCAGAACGAUGACCUCAGAGUCCAGCAUGGUGACAUCACAACACAGCACGAUGGCAUCACAAUCCAGCAUGGCGACAUUGUAACCAGGAACCCGGGUUAAUAGUUCUAACAAACCCCUCUCCCCAAAACAAACCCCCCUUUUCCUUUGAGAGGUUGAGCAGGAGUCUGGGUUGCACUAUGCCGCAGAGGGACAGCAGGCCCUGGCACAGUAGAGAGGGGGCUGCUGCAUAAUAGUGCCGUAGAAGAAUCACAGUUCAUAAUUCCCAUGGCUUUUAAAAACAGGCUGAUCAUGUAAAAUAGUAUACCUCCAAAUCACUAACUAAAAACAUCCGCUGUGUUAAUAUGUACAUUUCCAAAGGCUUUUAUCUACCCCUGUGUGACGAACAGUUUGACAUUUCUGCAGGACUUGAAGAAUAAAUACAGUCCUUAAAAGGAUAUAAACAAGAAGCAGUCUACUGUGUGACAAAGCUGUUUUCUGAUUAUAUAAAAAGGUGUUAUUUUGUUGAAGUUGUGGAUUCAACUAUUUUUAAUUUAAAGAAGAAAAAACAACACAAAACAAAUCAUAAGCUUGGCUGCCAUUCUGUCAAUUUAAUUGACACCCCCUCCCCCCCCUCCUUUUGCAAAAAGUGGUCACGCCCCAAAAGUUCAUAGUGACAUCACAGUCCCUCACUGUGACAUUAGCGGAGGUCCUUGGACUGUGUCUGGAUUUCUUCAGGAAUCUGUUACUGUGAUAGGCUGGGAUUAAACUGGAGAACAUCAAUACCAAGAUACUGUAUCUGACGAAUAAGUGUUUACUGAAACAGAUCCACUGCAGACACAUCUGCCCAUCCUUCUCUCUGACUCACCAAGACCGCUUUUAUUUGAGUUGUAUUCAUAUUAGAUGCAUUAGGAAGUCCUGGCACUUGCGAAAUGUCUUUUUCUGUGUUACUUUUAUUUUUAAAUAAAAGCUGAUAUGAAAAUCUGA